CCUAAAAAUCCAAAUUUUCAUCAAAUUCAAUAAAAAUUUCCAAAAAAUGCCAUAUAAACAGCCCCCCAAAUGUGUUCAAUGCGAGAAAACCGAAUCGAUUCUUUGGCGCAACCUCGAGCUCGGCGUUUUUUGUCAGGAAUGCUUCGAAAAGAACGAAAGUCAGGAGAAAACGGAAAAAACUGAGCCGGAUAGCGAAGAAACCAAUACAAAAACGAAUCGAAAAGCCACCCGCAGUACUCGAGCUGGCAAAAGUAACAGUUCUGUGCCCAAAGGGAAGGGACGACGAUGCAUCUUCAAAAAGACUCCUUUCAAGACGCCAACCAUCACGGCAACAACUUACACGAGCGACACGAUAUUUUACAACAACAUGUACAUGCAAAAGGGCGACAUUGUGGCUUUAGUUGACUCCAAAGAUCAGACCUACUAUGCUCAAGUUCGGGGAUUUUUGACAGAUACGUAUUUGCAAAAAAGCGCUUUCCUCACAUGGCUCAUCCCAAGCAAGUUUAGUCCCGAUCCGAAUGAACAAUUUGAUCCGUGUACCUAUUUAAUUGGACCAGAAGAGGAUAUUCCGCGAAAAUUAUCGUCGAUGGAGUUUGUGAUGCAUGCUCCGAGUGAUUAUUACAUGACAAAAGACACGCCAUACCCGUCGGUGACACGAAAUAAAGGCAUUAGCAGUAAAGAACACACGAAUUACAUAUGGACCAAUUUGCCAACUGUUUAAAUUUUAGUUCGUAAAAAAUCUCAAUAAACUU